AUGCAACACAGCCAGGUCACGGGGAAUCUGGAUGCCUUGCAAGGAAUGACACGCCUCCGGAAGGUGGACCUGCGCGAGACCCACGUCUCCGGCAGCCUCAACUUCCUGGAGGGCAAAGGGAAGAUGGAGUCCCUGAAUUUGGCCUACACGCAGGUCGCGGGCGAGCUCGGCCCCUUGCGAGGCCACGCUGCGCUCCGCAUGGUGGGCUUGCGACGAAGCCAAAUCGCUGGGGAACUCGCGCCCCUGAAGAACCUCAAAGAGCUCCAAACAUUGGACCUCGCCGAAACCGAGGUCUCUGGAAGCCUGGAGCCCCUGGCAGGGCUGACUCGCUUGGAGCAACUGCGGCUGGAUAAGACGAGGGUGUCGGGCCCCCUGGCUCCUUUACAACAUCUUACCGAGCUUCGGGUGCUGUCUCUCCACGACACGACCGUCUCCGGAGACUUGGAGGCUCUCCGGCCUCUCAGCCAACUCCAGGAGUUGUAUCUCAGCAAGACCGCUGUCUCCGGCGACCUCGCUGCGGUUCGGGGGCUCACAGAGCUCGAAAAGUUGGUGCUGGGCGGGGUGAAGAACAUUCACGGCCGGCUGGAAACCCUGGAGAAUCUUACGGAGAUGACGAGUCUGGAGCUGUCUCAGACUCAAGUCUCUGGCAACGUCAGCGCUGUAAGAAAAUUGCGCAAUCUGGCCGUCUUGGAUCUCCAGGAGACGGGAGUCUGGGGCAACCUCGAGGUCUUUGGCACGCUCGAUCUCCAUGUCCUCAACCUCCGCCAGACUGCAGUCUCGGGCACUGUGGCUGAUCUUAGAGGAAGAUGGUUGCUUGAACUCUUGGACCUGAGAGCCACAGCCGUCGGCGGCGAGCUGGCAGAUAUCGCAAAGCUCAGAGUCCUCGAAACGGCGCUUUUGUCCGGGACUCGGGUGAGCGGGCUGCUUUCCGACUUGCAGAGAUGCUGCUGGAAGUUGCGGGAGCUGGAUCUCGCCAUGCGGCGCUCAGAGAGCCGAGUGGGUGGCCUACGGCCUUUGGGAGAGGAGCAGCCGCCCCGGCUGCUGCCCGCACUUGAGCGCCUGAACGUGAGCGGCUGCCCGCUGAAUGGCACUGCCGCAGAGCUCUUGGUUCCCCUGGCGGGGACACCGCUGCAGAGCCUGGCGGCCGCCCGCAGCGGCCUACGCGGUGAGCUGCCAAACCAAACCGAUGGCGGGGUCGUCAGCCGCUUGGAGAGCAGCCUGGAAUACCUGGACCUGGCAGGAAAUCAGCUGAGUGCCAUUCCCCGCCUGGGCGCAAGCGUAACGUAUUUGGAUCUCAGCAGCAAUGCUGGCCCGAUUCAACUUGGCCACGGCGUGCUGAACCAGGUGGUGAUGAACCACACAGAGGUGUACAUGGAGGGCACGCGCCUGCAGAACCCGGAGGAUGUCCAAGAGGAGGCGCGGCGUCUCAAGGAGGAGCUGCCCUUGCAGGACUCCAGGAGAACCCUGCACGCCGAGGGCUACGCCUGCGCUCACUUCGCGCUCCCUGCGCUGCGUGUCACCCCGGAGCUCUUCUUGCCCCAGUACAUGUGCAAGUGCCGGCCCGGCCACUUCGGAAAGGGUGCCACCUGCCAGGCCUGCCCCGCCGGCACCUUCGCAGAUGACGAGGACCAGCCGAAGUGUGAGGCGUGCCCAGCCAACAGCACCUCGGCCAAUGGCUCUGCGGCUCUGAAUGCCUGCGAUUGCAGCUACGGCAAGCCUCGGGGCGAGAAGGGCAACCGGAGUUGCCAGUGUGACGCUCACACGGCGCAGCUUGGUGGCCUCUGUGUGCCAUGCAGCAAACUCCACAUCGACUGUCCUGAGCCCGGCAGCAUCGCAGCACAUGCUCCGGUGGAACAUGGCUAUGCCCGCAUCUCCGGCUCCCUUCAG